ACAUCGCCCCGGCCUCCUUUCUUCUUAUUUUUAGCUGCUACCUCCAUCCUUUUCUCCUCCUCCUUAAUUUUAAGCCUCCCGUUUCCUCCUCCUCUUUUAUCCACAACCUUGAAAGCCACCUAUUAUUCUAGCUGGUUUCUUCAGCUACUGGCCAUGGCAGCCAAGGUGGCCCUACUUUUCUUGACUUUUUGUGUGGCAUUCUUGGCCACCGGUUCUGCUGAUCCUGACCUGCUUCAAGAUGUUUGCGUUGCUGAUUUUGCUUCUGGAGUGAAGGUGAAUGGUUUCACCUGCAAGGAAAACAUAACAGCCGAUGAUUUCUUCUUCGCCGGGUUGGCUAAACCAGGUCUCACCAACAACACAUUCGGCUCCUUGGUCACUGCCGCCAAUGUUCAGAAGAUCCCAGGACUCAACACCUUGGGGGUCUCCAUGGCCCGCAUUGACUAUGCCCCAGGUGGCUUGAACCCACCCCACACACAUCCACGUGCCACUGAGAUGGUCUUUGUCCUUGAAGGCCAACUUGAUGUUGGGUUCAUCACCACUGCAAACGUUUUGAUAUCAAAGACCAUCAAGGCGGGCGAGAUAUUUACUUUCCCGAAAGGAUUGGUUCAUUUUCAGAAGAACAAUGGUCAGGUCCCAGCUGCAGUCAUUGCUGCAUUCGGUAGCCAGUUGGCAGGAACUCAGUCAAUUGGUGCCACAUUGUUUGCCGCCCAACCACCGGUGCCUGACAAUGUCUUGGCCAAGGCUUUCCAGGUUGGUACCAAGGAGGUCCAAAAGAUCAAGUCUAGGUUCGCACCUAAGAAGUGAUUUAUUGAUUGAUUGUUUAAAAACACAUGUCCCCGAGCUAGCUAGCUAGGUCUUGAUAUAUAACACGGAUUAUAAAUCCUAUAACUUGGCCUAGCAGCUGGGUCUUCUUUGUGAUUGUUAUUCUUGUAAUUCUUCCUUUUAUGGGAAUCAAUAACAUGUGUAGUUUCAUUGCUCUCUA